AUGUUGUACGAUGACGAUCCGGGUAUUAUGUCGGAAGCGGAAACUUCUUCGACGGGAUUCCGAAGAGGUGGAAAACAGAGAUCAUCCCUUCCCGUUGUUCGGACUCCAUCUAAAACUUUGGAAAGGCCCUUGGGUUUGGUGUUUCUUCAGUACCGUAACGAAACGAAAAGAGCUUUGCUCCCGAACGAAAUAACAUCAAUUGAUACGGUGAAAGCAUUAUUCGUGAGAUCAUUUCCGAAACAAUUGACGAUGGAAUAUUUGGAUUCGCCCAUGGUUAAAAUAUACAUACACGAUUCGAACAAGGACAUGUUUUACGAAUUGGAAGAUUUACGGUCUCAUCUGAGAGACAUACGAGAUCGUUCGAUAUUGAGAUUGUUCGAAGCGGCGGAUAUAAAUGGGGGUGCAGGUGGUGCCGUACCCGGCGGACCUGGUCUCUUAGGUCCUGCAAUGUGGGACCAAGAUCAAAUGUAUUUUUCUGAACCCGAAUUCGAUUCGGAAGCGAGAGAGAGAGCGUAA